AUGAAAAAUAUCUAUCUCAAUCUUUUCAUAUCUAUCUAUCUAUCUAUCUAUCUAUCUCUAUCUAUCUAUCUAUCUAUCUCAGUCUUUGCAUAUCUGUCUGUCUAUCUAUUUAAGAGAUUAACAUUUUGGAACUUUUAUAUCUAUCUAUCUAUCUAUCUAUCUAUCUAUCUAUCUAUCUAUCUAUCUCUCAAUCUUUUCAUUAUCUAUCUAUCUAUCUAUCUAUCUCAGUCUGUCCAUAUCUGUCUUGUCUAUUUAAGUCUGCUCAUUAUCUAUCUAUCUAUCUAUCUAUCUAUCUAUCUAAAACAUGAUACAAUGAAGGAGAUAAACGUUUUGGAACUUUUAUGCCUAUCUAUCUAUCUAUCUAUCUAUCUAUCUAUCUCAGUCUGUCUAUAUCUGUCUGUCUAUCUAUUUAAGUCUGUUUAUAUCUAUCUAUCUAUCUAUCUAUCUAUCUAUCUAAAACAUGAUACAAGAAAAGAGAUAAACGUUUUGGAACUUUUAAGAACUUUUAUGUCCAUCUAUCUUCUAUCUAUCUAUCUAUCUAUCUAUCUAUCAUCUAUCUAUCUAUCUAUCUAUCUAUCUCAUCUAUCUGUCUAUCUAUAUCUAUCUGUCUAUCUAUUUAUCUUUUUAUCUGUUUAUCUAUCUAUCUAUCUAUCUAUCUAUCUAUCUAUCUAUCUAUCUAUCUAA